UAACGGCUUGUCCGCGCAGUUUUGACGCGUAUAAAUUUUUGCUCCCACUACGGCCGCUAUCUACGAUGAAGUUCGGGUAUUCCUUUCGAAACGAAUUCGUUAUACAUACUACAAGAGAUUCGAGACUCGCUGGUUACUGCAAAAUUUGCUUCAAGUUACGUGUCGUUUCGCUUCGAAUCGCUGAAAAACGCUAGUCGUGUCGUGAAUCUCGCUCGAAGCAGCAGCAGAUGAUUAUUUUGCUGCUUUUACUUGGUAUCGUCUUUGUGUUCUGGCACUAUUCCGAAGAAGAAGCUGAUCGCGAAUGUGCUCAAAAAGUGCUUUUAUGUACAGAGGACAGUGAUAAAGGGACGAUCAUGCAGAGGCCGCCAAAUCGACCGCCAAACCGGCCAAAUAAUGAGUCGAAUCCGUCUGAAGACUGUAAACUGAGUUUGAAGUGCGUCGAUAAGAAAAUCAAUUUUUAUGCGAUAACAUGAGGAACAAUCGUAAUGAAAAUCUAAGAGACCCUGGGAGAAAUGUCAACCUAGCUAAUAACUAUGCCAGUCUACAGUAUCCAAAUUUAACGGAUCAGCGAUUAAGACUACCAGAACUGAUUGGACAUCAAAACUUAAUAAAUUACCAUCAACUUGGUCAGCAAGGUGGUAUUAAUCAAAAUAAUGAAGGACAGCGUCAAAGACAUGUUGGUAUCAACCAAAAUGAUCAAGGAGUGCAAAGAAGAGAUGGCAACGUGAAUCAGAAUAAUCAAGAACAGUAUGGGAGAGGAAGACAUAACAAUCCAAAUAACCAAAGACAGCAACGAAGAGAUGGUAUAAAUAACCAGCCUUAUCAAGGACAGCAAAGAAGAGCUGGUAUAAAUAAUCAGCCUUAUCAAAGACAGCAAAGAAGAGAAGGAAAUGAAAAUAAUAAUGGACAGCAUCAAAGAAGAGAAGAAAAUCAAAAUAAUAAUGGACAGUAUCAAAGAAGAGAAAGCAAUGGUAGUCAACAAAAUCAAGGACAAAGGAGACAAAGCAGUUACAAUAGAUCCGAAAGAAAUAAUCAAUCCAGUAGAAAGUAUUUUACCUUUACAUAUUUAGAUGACUUGAGUAAGAAAAAUAGUGAUGAUGUAACUGCAGCAAUAGUAAAUCAUAAAGAUGAAUUUGAAAAGUUUUUAAAUGAUGACAUUAGACCAGAUAUGUUUGUGCUGACAUUACGAGUUUUGACCAAUAUUUGCCAAGCCAAUUUUACUGAAAUGGUAACGAGCGUUCUGAGCAAUGCUUGUUCUCCCAAAUUCUUAAGCAGUUUGCAAAACUUCCUCAAUAAAUUGCCCUUUGAGACAGUAAUGGAAAAACAAAAUAACAGAUUAUAUCAUAAUGAUAAAAAUAAAUUCUGGUCUAACUUAGCUCAAUUCUUCAAAAAAUUAAUUGAACUUAUGCCUACAAAAGCUCGAGAUGAAUUGACAAUCGUCUUGGAGAAAUUACCCAAGAUGUUACCAAAUAUUGAAGCGGAGCAAAAUUUUAAAGUUGAGGAAAGUAUUAGAAACUCUUUGAUGAACAUGUCUGAAGAUUUAAAAGAAGAAAUAAAGAGAAUUAAAAUAAAGAAUAAAGUCAGCGAGGUUCGUCCGGAUGAACAAUUGGUUGAAGGGGAUCCACCUGAAGACUUCAGACUCUUAAGUGUUAUACCAACAAUACAAGAUUUACAAAACACAGCGCCAUUCUACCGCAAAUGUAGAGUAGAAAAUGCUUACGAUUCGGUUGAGCAUUACUUGGAUGUUCAAUUUCGUUUGUUGAGAGAAGAUUUUAUCUCUCCUUUGCGUAGUGGAAUACAAGAAUAUCUGCAUGGUUCUCAAAAAAAUCGCAACAGCGAUGUUCGCGUCUAUAAAAAAGUAAAUUUAAAAGCUCCUGAUGUUAAAGAGAAGAAUGUCGGAAUCGAAUUAAAUUUCGGGACAAUAAAAGGCAUAAAUUGGAAACGCACAAAACGUUUUAUGUAUGGCGGUCUGUUGCUCUUAAGUAGCGACAAUUUUAGAACUGUCCUCUUUGUUACUAUCAUUGAUCGUAAUGAUAAUCAACUCGAGAAGGGUUGCUUUCUUGUGGAGCCUUGUAGAGGAACAAACAUAACUCGAGAGAUGUACGAUAUCGAUUUCGUCAUGCUCGAGUCGAAAAUAUACUUUGAGCCUUACCUGGCGGUGCUCACUGCUUUGCAGCAGAUGAAUGAAGAUAAUUUUCCAAUGGAGCCCUACCUAGUUAAAGGAGAUAGGAACUCCCGACCACCAAGAUAUCUUACAAGCAAUUACAGUACUACAUUAAAAUACAAAAAUAUGUUGCUACCCAUUGCACAAGGUCAGCCCUGGCCACCGGCUCAACAGCUGGGUCUGGAUGAGUCACAGUAUCAGGCAUUCAGAUGCGCUUUGACCCAGGAUUUUGCAGUGAUUCAGGGUCCGCCGGGUACCGGCAAGACUUUCAUCGCUCUUGAGAUAGUCAGCACUCUACUGUCGAAUCACGAGCACUGGAAGCGUUUCGGGCCAAUUGUCGUUGUGUGUCUGACAAAUCAUGCGCUGGACCAGUUUCUCGAGGGCAUACUUAUCUUUACCGAUUCUAUAGUCCGCGUAGGCAGCCGAUCAAAAAGCGAGAAAAUGAAGAAGUACACCCUGAUGGAGCGUAGAAAGAUUGUGAGUACACCUAAGCACUCUGACGCGAGAGCCGUUAUGUACGAGACAAAACACGAACUGGAGACCGUGCUAAGCUCAAUGAAGAAGGCACGUUUGAAUGUUCAGCUGUUAGAAACACCAUACGCUAUUGUACCCUUAGCCUGUCUAGUGAAUUACCUCGGGGAGGAGGUGUUAAGAUUUUCUUCAAACGAGGAGUUUGUCAAGUGGCUCUUGGGGGAAGAAAUUGUUCAGAACUUGCGUUUUAAGAAGCCCGUGGAACCGGCGAAAACCGUGCAGGAGCAGUUGGACGAUGGCCCUGGAUAUUACGACGACGAUGAGAACCAUAUGGAUAAUGAUUUGGAAUUAAAUUACGAUUUUAAGGUUGACGAUAAUUUUGAUCCGAUUUUUCCCAUAGAAAGUAUUAAUGCUAAAUUUGAAAAGACCAGAGAAGACAUCGAGGAGUACACACGCAUGGCUGCGGAAAAUAAAGACCUACAAUUUGACCCGACUCCAGAGUGGAGAGAGAUGUGCAUGACGUUAACAAAUCAGCGGUUACGUUUGCAACAAUAUUUAGCUCAGCAUCCAUUACUCGGUGCGCGUCGUGAUCGAGGUCGUAAUAUAACAAACGAUUCUAACUGGAGGACGUACUGGCAGUGGGUAUUGAUAAGUCACCAAAGUGCGAUGGACGAAUUGGCUAAGCUAGAGCGGGAGUAUCAUCACUUGAAUUUAAGGUUGAAUGAGGUUAAGCAAUACGUCGACUUAGAUGUGCUCAAGGAGCACUUGAUUGUCGGGCUGACAACGAAUGGAGCUGCUAAGCUGCAUUUAUCUCUGCGCGCCCUUCGGGCUCCGAUAGUGCUGGUGGAGGAAGCAGCUGAAAUUUUGGAAGGCCACGUAGUCUGCUCUAUGACUAAACACUGUCAACACGCGAUUCUCAUAGGGGACCAUAAGCAGUUGCGGCCAAAGUCAUCGGUCUAUAAAUUGGGAAAAGAUUUUAACUUGAAUAUAUCGCUCUUCGAGAGGAUGGUGAAAACUAGGGGCGAUUGUACACAGCUCGCACACCAGCACCGUAUGCGACCAGAGUUUGCUAAACUGAUAACGCCGUCGAUCUACGAUACCUUAUACAAUCACGAAUCCGUGUUUAAUCGUGAUAAUAUCAAAGGUGUGGUGAAGAAUCUUUUCUUUCUUCACCACGAGAAUCACGAAAGCAGUCAUAAUAACGAAGAAAGUUAUGCUAACCAGCACGAAUGCGUGUUUUUGGUAGCUUUUGCUACGUAUCUCAUUAAGCAGGGCUAUAACCCUUCAGAAAUUACUAUUCUUUGUACUUACACGGGGCAACUCUUUGCUCUUAUGAAGGAAACAGGACGUUAUACUAUUCUCAAACAAAUGCGAGUGACUACAGUGGACAACUAUCAAGGCGAAGAGAAUAAAAUUAUUCUUCUGUCUCUUGUUCGAAACAAUGGUGAAGGGAAUACUGGCUUUCUCAAGGAGGAGAAUAGAGUUUGCGUUGCAUUAUCGCGUGCACGUGAUGGCAUGUACAUCAUGGGUAAUAUGAACGAUUUAGUGGUAAAAAAUACUAUCUGGCCCAAAAUUAAAAAGGUUUUGGAAGAGGAAAAUGCAAUAGGCAAUGCUCUUGAGUUAAGAUGUCAGAUUCAUCCUCAGCAGAUUACCCAGAUAAAAGACCUACAAGACUUUCAGAAAUGUCCAGAGGGCGGCUGCUCCAAAAAAUGUGACUUACCUUUGAGUUGCGGACAUAUUUGUACUAGUGUCUGUCAUAUAUUGGACAGAGAACAUAAGGAGUAUUCUUGCAAACAGCCAUGCACCAUAAAGUGCCCGAACAAUCAUCUCUGUCCAUUGCGAUGCUAUCAGGGUUGCAAGCCCUGUAAAGUUAAGGUGAGGCGAAAACUCCGAUGUGGUCAUACCAUGGAGAUGCUAUGUUCAACAGAUCCUGAAACGUUUGCGUGUACUUUCGUGAUCGAUGCCAUUCUACCAGACUGUAAUCACGCCAUCAAGAAGCCCUGCUAUUUACCUAUUAAAGAUGCUGUAUGCACUCACCCCUGCGAGGAAAAUCGUUUGCCUUGUGGUCACGUUUGUGAACUGAAGUGUCACGUUACUAAAGAUCCAGAGCAUCUUCAGUAUAAAUGCUACAGAGAAUGCCCUCGAAUGUACGGCAAUUGCGAGAAAAAUCACCGCUGCAAGAAGCUAUGUCACGAGCCAUGCGGACCUUGUCCCAUAUUAGUCGAAAAAACUCGCUCCUGCAGGCACUUCUAUAAGCAAUUCGUAUGUUCUAAUAAUGUAGAAGACAUCAAGUGCGAAAGGCCUUGUACUCGUCCACGAACUUGCGGCCAUAAGUGUCUAUAUAAAUGCUGCGAACCCUGUCUCAACUGUCAAUAUAAAGUAAUAAAAAGAAGCUCUUGCGGCCAUGACGUAGAAGUAAAAUGUUGCGAAGAAGCCUCUCCAUCCAAGUGCAGUAAGAAAUGUACAAAACUAUUAAAUUGUGGCCACCCCUGUAGUAACAGAUGCAAAGAUGCUUGCACCACAGAUUGUCAAGCUAAAGUAAAACUUCGUAAUCCUGGAUUAUGUGGACAUGUAUUAGAAGUGCCAUGCUAUCUACAAUCAACUGAUCCAAAAUCACAAGAACUUUUGAAAUAUUGUACGGCUUCAUGUACAGAAGAACUAGAAUGUAAGCACUUGUGUAAGGGAACUUGCGGAGCGUGCAAGCAAGGUCGAUUGCACAUCAGCUGUGCAGAGCCUUGCAAUAACAUUCUUAUUUGUGGACAUCAGUGUGAAGUGCCCUGUAGACUGGAAUGCCAGCCAUGUAAAAAGAAGUGUGAAUUGAAAUGCCGUCAUAGUAAGUGUUCCCAGAAGUGUGGAAUGCCCUGCACACCUUGCAAAGAAAAAUGUGAUUGGGGGUGCGAACAUCGGCGAUGUUCGAAACAAUGCUCGGAACCAUGUAAUAUAGAGCCUUGUAAUGAACCUUGCAAAAAACUAUUAAAGUGUGGCCAUCCGUGUGUUGGAUUUUGCGGCGAUCCUUGUCCGCCAUUGUGUAGAAUAUGCAAUAAAGAUGAUCUAACAGAACUUUUCUUUGGUGAUGAAGAUGAAGAAGAUGCAAGAUUUGUAUACCUAGAAGAUUGCAAUCAUUGCAUAGAAAGUGAAGGGUUAACAAAGUGGGUAACAAAGUUUAGCGAAUUUGUACAGAUGAAAGUAUGUCCAAAAUGCAAAACGCCCAUAAGAAAAUGCAUGAGAUUAAUGAAUCAAAUAAAGAGUGAUUUGAGAGAUGUGAUGAGCAUCAAAGAAAAGAAUUUUUCACAUAACCAGAAAAAUUUAGAAACGAAACAACUAGAACAUAUCGCAACAUUAAGAAUGAUGUCAGCUGACAGAUUUUUACCAGAAUUUCCGAGCUUAAAAGAGUAUUUGUCUGAUUUGUGGAAUCGAGGAAUUCCAGUACAGAAUCAAAAAAAGCAAGUUUUAAACGGACAAGAAAUUGAAACUUUCCGUAUCGUCCUUGAUAUUAUAAGUCGUAUAUUUAAAAUAUUGUCGCAUGUCAAAAAUCGCAAUGCUUCUGUUUAUCAAUAUGUGAAACAGCAAGUUAAUAUGUUAGUGGAAUCUCUUCCAAAAAAUUGGCAAAUCACUCGCCAAUCUAUCAAGGAUACUGAGUCAGAGCUUUUACGUUUGAAUUAUCUGGUGGAACUAUGCAAAGAAGAUUACAUAUAUUCUACUUUAAUAAACAAAAGGGAAUUUAGAACAACACUUUCUAAACUCUUAAGUAUUCAUAGAUUUACAAAUAAAUUAGAAGAUGAAGUUAAAAAAGAAAUAAAAAGUUUAAUGCAUUUGUUUAGCACUGAACUUAAAAUAGAACGAGAAAUGAUUGUUAAAGCGAUGGGUUUCAAGCAGGGCCACUGGUUCAAGUGUCCUAAUGGACAUUUUUAUACUAUAGGCGAGUGUGGCGGUGCUAUGCAACAAAGUAAAUGCUUUGAAUGUGGAGCUGCUAUUGGUGGCUCCCAACAUCGACUACUGAGCGAUAAUAGACUUGCGAGUGAAAUCGAUGGGGCUACGCGAUCUGCCUGGCCUGGAAAUUACCCAUAAAACUAGCAAAUAAAUUUUGUGCUUGAUAACUGAAUGUUAUGUUAAAGAAUAGUUCUGCGGUGUGGAAUAUGUUAAUAUAAUAGUAAAUCUAUUGAUAGGUACUUGAAUAUAAAAUAUAUUAAUAUUUCAGCAUAGGCUUCAGCAUAGAGAAAUAUCUAUUGAAUUUUCUGUAAUACAGUUGAAAGUUUGAAAUAAAUAUGUUUUCACCUCA